GCCGUCGAGUGCCGUGUUUCUGAAUUUGAAUUCGACUCUGUCGCGGAUUUGUAGUAGUCUAAUUGCAUCCACCAGAGUGUUUGAAGAUCGUGUAAAACGUAUGAAUCCUAGUGGACAUAUAGUUGUAAUCCGUAGGGAUGGUACUGAUGGUUUAACUUGCGAUUGGUGUUCGCCUUUGUGUGAUAUUGGGAGUAACCAGUCUUGUGACAUUCGUGUGCAACACUCAACAGUCGCUCCAUUUCAUUGUACCCUGCAACUACUGAAAGAUGGAUUAGUUCAAGCCGUCAGCAGAGUAGAUGGACGAUACAAAAUGUUAGUUAAUAAUUUCCCGUUGAACGAUGCUUGCGUUUUGACUGAUAAUUGCAUACUAACUGUUGGGGAUCGUCAGUUUCGCUUUUUCUAUCCAUCAAGUCGAAAGACAACAACAGAUAAUUAUUUAUACGAAACGUCCAGUAAAACACCAAAACACUAUAACAAAGAAGAGGUUAUAACUCCAUCUUCUCUACCUGUUGUUCAUCCAUCCAAACGUACCACUCCUAGAAAGAUAUUAGUUAAUCCUAAAACUCGCUCCCCUCGACAGAGGUCUGUGACUCCGAAAAGAACCCUAGGGACCAACGAACGUUAUGGUCCAGUUCCUCCUCGUCAACCAGCUACCCCACCAAUAAUCCAAGUACUCCGACACGAACCGAAUUCAUCACAGUCAAAGCAGCUACCUGUAUUGCAAGCAGAAAAUGUCGAGUUUAAUAAAAAAAGUGUAGGUGAUGGUAAGGGUUAUAGCUGUACGGAUGUGAGUGUUUCUAAAUCAAAUCAAACAAAGUCAUCUGUCGUUCCUGACUUGCCAGAUCCAACAUUCCAUCCUUCGAGCAGUGUUUUGUCAUCUAUCAAAGUGAGGUCACAAAACCGUAUUCACACUCCGAUUAUUACAUCUACUUUAUCUAAUGAUCACUUCAACUUCACACCAAACGAAAAUAAACGUUCACCCGGUUUUAGAAAGAGUUUCCAUAAGCUUCUCAUCUUAAAUGAAUCAUCUAACCAAUCCAACCUUAGCAAAAUUAAUCAGUUUUAUGAUGAAUUAAGUUAUGUAAAGCAGCAGGUGAUUGAAAGCAAGAGAUCACCAUCUAACGAACAAGAAAACCAAUCUUGUUACGAUAAAUGCCUUGAUCAUCCCACAGAAGGUUCCCGUGAAUAUGUUCCAGAGUUGCCCACAUCACCGAAUUCCCUGAGGAUUGCGAGGAAAUUGUCUGCAAAGUCAUCGCAGAAAAAUAGCAUAGCAUAUUCACCAGAAACAGAACAAGAAUUGAUUAGCCGUAAUAGAAAACGUACCAUAUCCGGUAAAACUUAUCCAGUUGCAGAGGACAUGCUUGCUCCUAAACGUCGGAGGGGGGUUUCAUUCGGCCCACCCUUAAGCCCUGAACGGUUUGAUAAAUCUCUUCCCCCGUCUACUCCGGUUAAGCGAGGUGGAACUCCACUAGUCAAAAUAAGUCACAGUACCCCAGCAAACCAUAGUUUACAAGUCACUUCAGUUGUUGGGCACUCAGCUACACCAUUUGAUUCCAAAUUGUCAGAAGUAUCGCAUUUAUCAGAUUUCUCAAAAACAUGUGAAUCUCCAAAUUACAGUGUAACACAUAAUCGAGUUUCUGCAGUCAUCUCUCUCCCUCCAACACCAGACACUAAUCUUCUAAAUUCCUUGAGUACUGAUAUUAGUUGUGCUCAUGAGAGUUUCGCUAAUUUCCCAGUGACUUCCGCAGCUUACUCUGCUCCAAUAAAAAAAUCCUCAGUCAGCCGAAAAAAUUUCAAAAGACAUUCACUUGGGUUCCUAGAGAAAACAAGUAAAACACCGUCACCGAGAGUCCCACCAACUAGUCCUGUAUCAACCAAACAAAAUAAAAAAAACAAAUCAACAAACGAACAUAAUGCUAAAAUUCAGGAAAAAAAGUCAAAAAGCUUCCAUACCUAUGGUGCAAAAAUUUAUAAUAAUAACAACCAUAACAAACUAUACUCCAGUGUUCCUCAUAGCUUGAUAAAUAUUACACAGGAAGACAAACAAAAUAAAGGAACAUCUCCAGUGCCAUCGACCAACUUGACAGAGGAGGGAGCAGUUACACCUGAGAAGAGUUUGUUGUCUCCACGAAAGGAAUCUGGUUUGACUGGUAUUAGGAAGUUGAUGAGAACUCCGAAGCCUGUGCAAACACCUCGUAUAUCUGGUGUUAGUGAAUUGUUUGCCGAUGAACCUAGUGUGAAGAGACGUCGUAGUCGACCCUCAUCAGUGCCACCGACCAACUUGACAGAGGAGGGAGCAGUUACACCUGAGAAGAGUUUGUUGUCUCCACGAAAGGAAUCUGGUUUGACUGGUGUUAGGAAGUUGAUGAGAACUCCGAAGCCUGUGCAAACACCUCGUAUAUCUGGUGUUAGUGAAUUGUUUGCCGAUGAACCUAGUGUGAAGAGACGUCGUGGUCGACCCUCAUCAGUGCCACCGACCAACUUGACAGAGGAGGGAGCAGUUACACCUGAGAAGAGUUUGUUGUCUCCACGAAAGGAAUCUGGUUUGACUGGUAUUAGGAAGUUGAUGAGAACUCCGAAGCCUGUGCAAACACCUCGUAUAUCUGGUGUUAGUGAAUUGUUUGCCGAUGAACCUAGUGUGAAGAGACGUCGUAGUCGACCCUCAUCAGUGCCACCGACCAACUUGACAGAGGAGGGAGCAGUUACACCUGAGAAGAGUUUGUUGUCUCCACGAAAGGAAUCUGGUUUGACUGGUGUUAGGAAGUUGAUGAGAACUCCGAAGCCUGUGCAAACACCUCGUAUAUCUGGUGUUAGUGAACUGUUUGUCGAUGAACCUAGUGUGAAGAGACGUCGUGGUCGACCCUCAUCAGUGCCACCGACCAACUUGACAGAGGAGGGAGCAGUUACACCUGAGAAGAGUUUGUUGUCUCCACGAAAGGAAUCUGGUUUGACUGGUGUUAGGAAGUUGAUGAGAACUCCGAAGCCUGUGCAAACACCUCGUAUAUCUGGUGUUAGUGAAUUGUUUGCCGAUGAACCUAGUGUGAAGAGACGUCGUGGUCGACCCUCAUCAGUGCCACCGACCAACUUGACAGAGGAGGGAGCAGUUACACCUGAGAAGAGUUUGUUGUCUCCACGAAAGGAAUCUGGUUUGACUGGUGUUAGGAAGUUGAUGAGAACUCCGAAGCCUGUGCAAACACCUCGUAUAUCUGGUGUUAGUGAACUGUUUGUCGAUGAACCUAGUGUGAAGAGACGUCGUGGUCGACCCUCAUCAGUGCCACCGACCAACUUGACAGAGGAGGGAGCAGUUACACCUGAGAAGAGUUUGUUGUCUCCACGAAAGGAAUCUGGUUUGACUGGUAUUAGGAAGUUGAUGAGAACUCCGAAGCCUGUGCAAACACCUCGUAUAUCUGGUGUUAGUGAAUUGUUUGCCGAUGAACCUAGUGUGAAGAGACGUCGUAGUCGACCCUCAUCAGUGCCACCGACCAACUUGACAGAGGAGGGAGCAGUUACACCUGAGAAGAGUUUGUUGUCUCCACGAAAGGAAUCUGGUUUGACUGGUGUUAGGAAGUUGAUGAGAACUCCGAAGCCUGUGCAAACACCUCGUAUAUCUGGUGUUAGUGAACUGUUUGUCGAUGAACCUAGUGUGAAGAGACGUCGUGGUCGACCCUCAUCAGUGCCACCGACCAACUUGACAGAGGAGGGAGCAGUUACACCUGAGAAGAGUUUGUUGUCUCCACGAAAGGAAUCUGGUUUGACUGGUGUUAGGAAGUUGAUGAGAACUCCGAAGCCUGUGCAAACACCUCGUAUAUCUGGUGUUAGUGAAUUGUUUGCCGAUGAACCUAGUGUGAAGAGACGUCGUGGUCGACCCUCAUCAGUGCCACCGACCAACUUGACAGAGGAGGGAGCAGUUACACCUGAGAAGAGUUUGUUGUCUCCACGAAAGGAAUCUGGUUUGACUGGUGUUAGGAAGUUGAUGAGAACUCCGAAGCCUGUGCAAACACCUCGUAUAUCUGGUGUUAGUGAAUUGUUUGCCGAUGAACCUAGUGUGAAGAGACGUCGUAGUCGACCCUCAUCAGUGCCACCGACCAACUUGACAGAGGAGGGAGCAGUUACACCUGAGAAGAGUUUGUUGUCUCCACGAAAGGAAUCUGGUUUGACUGGUGUUAGGAAGUUGAUGAGAACUCCGAAGCCUGUGCAAACACCUCGUAUAUCUGGUGUUAGUGAAUUGUUUGCCGAUGAACCUAGUGUGAAGAGACGUCGUAGUCGACCCUCAUCAGUGCCACCGACCAACUUGACAGAGGAGGGAGCAGUUACACCUGAGAAGAGUUUGUUGUCUCCACGAAAGGAAUCUGGUUUGACUGGUGUUAGGAAGUUGAUGAGAACUCCGAAGCCUGUGCAAACACCUCGUAUAUCUGGUGUUAGUGAAUUGUUUGCCGAUGAACCUAGUGUGAAGAGACGUCGUGGUCGACCCUCAUCAGUGCCACCGACCAACUUGACAGAGGAGGGAGCAGUUACACCUGAGAAGAGUUUGUUGUCUCCACGAAAGGAAUCUGGUUUGACUGGUGUUAGGAAGUUGAUGAGAACUCCGAAGCCUGUGCAAACACCUCGUAUAUCUGGUGUUAGUGAAUUGUUUGCCGAUGAACCUAGUGUGAAGAGACGUCGUAGUCGACCCUCAUCAGUGCCACCGACCAACUUGACAGAGGAGGGAGCAGUUACACCUGAGAAGAGUUUGUUGUCUCCACGAAAGGAAUCUGGUUUGACUGGUGUUAGGAAGUUGAUGAGAACUCCGAAGCCUGUGCAAACACCUCGUAUAUCUGGUGUUAGUGAAUUGUUUGCCGAUGAACCUAGUGUGAAGAGACGUCGUGGUCGACCCUCAUCAGUGCCACCGACCAACUUGACAGAGGAGGGAGCAGUUACACCUGAGAAGAGUUUGUUGUCUCCACGAAAGGAAUCUGGUUUGACUGGUGUUAGGAAGUUGAUGAGAACUCCGAAGCCUGUGCAAACACCUCGUAUAUCUGGUGUUAGUGAAUUGUUUGCCGAUGAACCUAGUGUGAAGAGACGUCGUGGUCGACCCUCAUCAGUGCCACCGACCAACUUGACAGAGGAGGGAGCAGUUACACCUGAGAAGAGUUUGUUGUCUCCACGAAAGGAAUCUGGUUUGACUGGUGUUAGGAAGUUGAUGAGAACUCCGAAGCCUGUGCAAACACCUCGUAUAUCUGGUGUUAGUGAAUUGUUUGCCGAUGAACCUAGUGUGAAGAGACGUCGUGGUCGACCCUCAUCAGUGCCACCGACCAACUUGACAGAGGAGGGAGCAGUUACACCUGAGAAGAGUUUGUUGUCUCCACGAAAGGAAUCUGGUUUGACUGGUGUUAGGAAGUUGAUGAGAACUCCGAAGCCUGUGCAAACACCUCGUAUAUCUGGUGUUAGUGAAUUGUUUGCCGAUGAACCUAGUGUGAAGAGACGUCGUGGUCGACCCUCAUCAGUGCCACCGACCAACUUGACAGAGGAGGGAGCAGUUACACCUGAGAAGAGUUUGUUGUCUCCACGAAAGGAAUCUGGUUUGACUGGUGUUAGGAAGUUGAUGAGAACUCCGAAGCCUGUGCAAACACCUCGUAUAUCUGGUGUUAGUGAAUUGUUUGCCGAUGAACCUAGUGUGAAGAGACGUCGUGGUCGACCCUCAUCAGUGCCACCGACCAACUUGACAGAGGAGGGAGCAGUUACACCUGAGAAGAGUUUGUUGUCUCCACGAAAGGAAUCUGGUUUGACUGGUGUUAGGAAGUUGAUGAGAACUCCGAAGCCUGUGCAAACACCUCGUAUAUCUGGUGUUAGUGAAUUGUUUGCCGAUGAACCUAGUGUGAAGAGACGUCGUGGUCGACCCUCAUCAGUGCCACCGACCAACUUGACAGAGGAGGGAGCAGUUACACCUGAGAAGAGUUUGUUGUCUCCACGAAAGGAAUCUGGUUUGACUGGUGUUAGGAAGUUGAUGAGAACUCCGAAGCCUGUGCAAACACCUCGUAUAUCUGGUGUUAGUGAAUUGUUUGCCGAUGAACCUAGUGUGAAGAGACGUCGUAGUCGACCCUCAUCAGUGCCACCGACCAACUUGACAGAGGAGGGAGCAGUUACACCUGAGAAGAGUUUGUUGUCUCCACGAAAGGAAUCUGGUUUGACUGGUGUUAGGAAGUUGAUGAGAACUCCGAAGCCUGUGCAAACACCUCGUAUAUCUGGUGUUAGUGAACUGUUUGUCGAUGAACCUAGUGUGAAGAGACGUCGUGGUCGACCCUCAUCAGUGCCCAGAGGAGGGAGCAGUUACACCUGA